ACACAAAUGGAAUUCAUUUUUGGUUGCAGGCAUGGAAUUACUUUUCCCUUGAAAAAACAUAUACACUAUUUGCCUUAAAACACCAAACUGACCCUCAUCCAAGAAGCAAGCAAUAGCAGAGGAAUGGAAUAAAAGUAGCUUCACCAAGCAAAAGAUGAUUUUGGAUGAUCUUGAAGGUGCUCAAUUUUAAUCAAUUAGGAACAUACCUUGUAUCUCUCAUGUCUUACUUUGAAGGAAAACUGUUACAGAAGCAUUCCACCUGUUGGAUUUUUAGGGGUAAUAAGGGGGUUGAGAUAGUGGAUUUGGAUGAGAAGGAGAGUGACACCCGGAGUUACCUCAUAUGGUGAGGUGAGAACCCAUUUUCUUCAUUCAACUUCUUCCAUUAUAUAGCAGAAAUCUCAUAAUACAUCAACAGUAAUUUCAACCUGAUACAAUAAAAUUUAUCAAACAUUUAAAGCAAGAUUACAUUCAAAAGAUUUGCAUCCAUUUUGUUCAGCCCCAUGUGGCUGUCACUUUGUUGCCACUGUGUUGUUGUUGCAGCUCUCACGUCUUUUCAUUUGCUGCCACAGUGUUGCAGCUUUGACACCACAACUCCAACACUCCUCCUUGGUGUUAAAGCUGCGGGAAACAAGAAAUUUACCUAAGCAUUUGGAAUCUGCCUUUUGCAGUUCUUUAUGCUUUGGUUUUGAUUUUUGUUGCUGCUAUGGCUAUCUUCCUUGGCAUAUCAACUCCUCCUUCAAUACUGCAGCUUCAUCUUGCUUAGAUUUGCUGCUUUAACAAAUGCUUGGAGCUUUAAACAUUUUCAGCAACUCCAUUUCAGCAACUUGUACUUCCUUGGAUCUUUGCUGAGCUUUUCUGUAAGUUAGCUCAGUUUUCUUCGUUUUUCAUUUCCAUAUACAGCUUCCUUGGGAUCGAGGUCAGAUUCAACUUUAUGGUUAAUAUGACUUUAUGCGUGCUCUGAGUUUUCUUCCUUACUCAGGUUGCACCCUUGACAGACAAUCUUUUUCCCUUUGAACUGCUGGCUGUAGAAUCCAUGAACACCUUCUCUUUGUUGGUCCAGCUUACCUCUCCACACCAUCUCCUCACCAUGCUUGAUCUUGAGCUAUAGUAGGUCUACCAUACGCCUUCAUCACUUGUGGAGUGAUUUGGCUAAAAACGGAAGAGGGAUUUCACAACAAAACCUACUGGAAUCC